ACAUCCCAACUAAAGCAGGACCACCGGAACAUUAUUCACACGGCGACGGCAUGGCAGAUCUGGCGGGUCUAGUGCAGCGUCUGGAGGUGGCUGUGGGCCGUCUGGAGUCCAUGUCCAGUUCUGGCAGUGGAGGCGGCCCUGCUGCUGGAUCUGGAGCCGUGGGAGUGUACGUUGAAGCCUAUGACGGCCUGAUCUCUGGUCCAUUGGCUCAGUACUUUACCCUCAGUCAGAAGAUAGGGGGUGACGUCCUGAAGCAUGCUGAGAUGAUGAAGCAGGCCUUUACCAGUCAACGACAGCUGCUGGCCACUGCUUCCUGCUCUCAGAAACCCUCUGAUCCUGUUCUGAAUGCUCUGCUGGCCCCCGUGUCUAAAGCCAUCCAGGAUGUUCAGGCAUUUCGAGAGAAGAACCGCUCCUCUCCUUUCUUCAACCACCUCUCUGCCGUCAGCGAAAGUGUUCCUGCUCUCGGCUGGGUUGCCAUGGCCCCAAAGCCUGGCCCCUAUGUGAAGGAGAUGCAGGACGCAGCCAUGUUUUACACAAACCGUGUGCUCAAGGAUUACAAGGAGAAGGAUAAGACUCAUGUGGAAUGGGUCAAUGCUUAUGUGACCAUUUGGACAGAGCUGCAAGCCUACAUCAAGCAGCACCACACCACUGGACUGAGCUGGAGCAAGACUGGUCCCGUAGCUGCUGCUGCUGGAGGAGGAGCCCCAGCACCGCCUCCUCCAGGACCUCCUCCACCCCCAAUGGACCUAAACAAGUCAUCAGGUGGAGACUCCGAACCGACCAAUCGAAAUGCUCUCUUUGCCUCCAUCAACAAAGGAUCUGACAUCACUAAAGGCCUGAAGCAUGUGUCUGAUGACCAGAAGACCCAUAAGAAUCCUGGGCUCAGAGGUCAGACAGGGCCUUCAGUGUCCGGUCCUAAACCCUUCACUCCACGGCCCACAGCCACCGCCAGCCCGGCCCGCUCUCUGCCCCCAGUGCUUGAGCUGGACGGCAAGAAAUGGAAAGUGGAAAAUCAAGAAGGCGCCCAGAAUCUGGUGAUCAGCGACACGGAGCUGAAACAGGUGGUUUAUGGCUUUAAGUGCAACAACAGCACUUUACAGGUGAAGGGGAAGAUCAACUCCAUCACUCUAGAUAACUGCAAGAAGAUGGGGCUCGUCUUUGAUGAUGUUGUGGGAAUUGUUGAGGUGAUCAACUGCAGAGAUGUUAAAAUCCAGGUUAUUGGUAAAGUGCCAACCAUCUCCAUCAACAAGACCGAUGGCUGCCACGUGUACCUGAGCAAAGACUCCCUGUCGUGUGAAAUCGUCAGCGCCAAGAGCUCCGAGAUGAACGUUCUGGUGCCCAACAAAGAUGGAGAAUUCACUGAGAUCCCAGUCCCUGAACAGUUCAAAACCGUAUGGGAUGGCAGUAAACUGGUCACCACAGCCACCGAGAUCGCUGGAUAAAGAGCCGCUGUGUGAACCCCCACCCCCUCCCAUGCAGUGUCCAACCUGACUGACCGACCAGCUUAAACUACACUGUACAAGUCCAUGCCAACAGGUCAACUCUCCGAGUAGCCAAUCACAGCGGCUACAGCAGGCUGAACGCUCUCUCCAUUCAAACAUUAGCACUUGAAAACCAAUGCCAACCGUUGACGUGUUUUCAUAUGUUCGUUUUGAUGUCUUGCAGCCAUAAUAAACAAAAUAACAUGUGAACGGCCAA